AUGUCGAACAACCUUAUUCCAGGUAAAUUGAAUGAACUUCUUCAAGCUCGUAAAUUCACAACACAGUUCUGUGUUCAAGUAUAUGAAAUCAAAACCGUUCCUACAAAGCAAGACAUAGUGAAAGCAAAGGUCCACGAUUCGAAGACGUCUAUCACCGCCAUCGUUCGAUGUACUGGAACUGACGCAGUGAAGAAUCUUAAAGAGUUCUCCAUCAUCAGAAUUACUAACGCCGUCUUACACGUCCCCACCGAUGAGUCGAAAACACUUGUGUUGGCUAUUAACAACUUCGACACCGUCGACAAGACUCAAACUAAGAUGCUUGGCGCAAACUUAUUGAACGUCACAAAACUCAAUCAAGUCAGCCAAGCACCACACGUCAGAGCGGGCGUCCCAACUUCACAUUCCGCUGCUGUGCCGGCAGAUUUGUCGAAAGCAAAAAUCACGCCAUUUGCGAUGUUAACAGCAAUGCAAAACAAGAGCACUAUUAAAGGACGAGUCAUUUCUAAACAAGACAAGUUCAAGUACGCAAAAGGAAAUUUGUUCAACUUUGUGUUGCAAGACAAAGAAGGCGGUGAAUUGCGGGCGACUGCUUUUAAUGAUAUGUGCGACGCACUCUACGACACCAUUCAAGUUGGGUCGACUUAUUACAUCUCGAAGGGCGAAUUUAAGGUCCCCACCAAUAAGAAUUAUCGAAGUGCAAAGAUGAUAGACGUUGAUAUGGUCGUGGGGAGGUACACCACUGUGCAGAAGGCUGAAGACGAGUUACCGGCGAUUAGUUCAAUUACUGCCAUUUCAGACUUAUUGACAUCACCCGUUGACUCGUUGUAUGAUAUUUGUGGGGUUUUAGUUCAAGUGAAAGACGAGGAUCAUUUGAAGAAUGACAAAAUACGACGAUCCAUUUUAGUGGCUGACCAGACGAAACACGUUGUGUCAAUUAACUUCUGGGGAGAAGACGCUGCGAUACCGGAAAGACUUGAACCCCUUAAGACAUAUGUCUUCAGACAAGUGCAAUUGAGAGAGUUUAGGACAAGAAACAUGAAUUACAGUUCGAGGUCGUCGAGUAUUAUAGAGGGAGAACAAAUAGCGAAGUACGACGAAACAUCACUUGUCCACAAAAUGUUGGACGAGAGCAAAACGUCGACGGGGGAGUACGUCUUUGACCGACCCACUUUCAUCUAUUUGGAUGAAACUACAACAGCAGACUCAGUCCAAGGGACUAAGACUGAACAGUCGAAGCUCUUCAAAUUAAGCAAAUUUAAUGAAGCGGUUUUGGCAUCGGAGGAAGAUAUUAAGGGGAAUGUAUACGCGUACUUCACGUCGUUCAAAACGGACUCGACGUUCUAUUACGUGUCAUGUCCGUCGUGCAAAAGAAAGUCGAUUUAG